AUGACAAAUAACUCUUCAAAUGCGAGUWCURUUCUSCUUGACGGUUGCUCAGUCUAUUUAGAUCGACCAGUUUGGGUUGACCCGACUCAUACCGUSCUUGCUGUUGUCAAUGGUAUAGCGUCKCCUCCAACUGUCGUUAUAAACGYSUUGAUCAUUUGGGCUGUUCUUGGUGAUGAAGAUCUUCGAUCAUCUUGUUUUAACMUUUUGCUURUAGCUUUAGCAGUGACYGAUUUCCUAGURGGACUGYUGGUCCAACCGUUGUAUGCGUUCUACCUGAGAUGUGUUCUUAACACUUGUUUUAGCCUCUGUUUUCAAUUAUUUUCCKUAUAUUUUGUGGCAGCCUUGACCUGCUGUGGUCUGACGAUAUUUAGUCUUGCCUUAUUGAGUUUGGAAAGAUACCUUGCUAUUGAACAWUGGAACUUCUACCUUACUUAUGUUACAGAAAAAAGAGUCACGAUCGCGACUAUACUGUAUUGGUUAGGCAGCCUAACACUUUUGAUCAGCACCAGUGUUUUUGCGCUAUUCAACAAUCCCCGUCUAUUCACAGUUCCAGCAAUGGUCUUCGCAGGUAUCAACACUCUGAUCAUUUUGUACUGUUCCAUCAAAGUUCAUAUCACAGCUUCUCGUCAGAGUAGGACCAUCGCCCUACAGAAAGAAUCAGUUCAACAGCCCAGCGAACAACAUCAACAACAGCAAUUAGGAUUUACCGAAAACAACCAAGUGCAAGAAAGACRACAAUGGAAAUAUAAGCAAGUGUUUAUGAUGAACAUGUUAAUGCUAAUGUCGGUUCUCUUUUACGCUCCUAUCAUUAUAGUAACAGUGAUACAAGCUAUCGAGGGCAGGGAUGUCACCAGCGAUUUUAUUUAUAUCGCCAUGCCUAUCGCUUCAACUUUCAUUCAUCUCCAGUCUCUCAUCAACCCGAUCCUUGUCUCACUGCGUCUAUCGUACAUUCGUAAAGCUAUAAAAAACAAACUAAGUUCUUUCUUUAGUGCUGCUUCAGCCGAAGUCCAAAGUUAUGAUGUCCGAAACUUCUAA